AUGGUAGAGUCCGACAGUGAUGACGAUAGACGUGCUUCCAAGGACAGGAAGAACUCAGACGCAGAAGAGGACGACGACGAAGACGAGGAGGUAGAGGCUGAUGAAGAAAGUGAGGAGGAAGACGAACGCGAGGAGUCGAGAGGUAAGAAGAAAGGAAAACGAUCACGCUCGUACUACGUGGACGACGCUGCUGACGAUGACGACGAUGAGGAGGAGGAGGAAGAUGACAGAAAGAAGAGGAAGAAGUCAAAGAAAUCUCGAAGAGAUGAAGAUAGUGAUGGAGAAGAAGAACUCAGCGACAACGAGGCUGAAAAGAUGGCUGCACAGAUGCGCAACAGUUACAGGAGGCACGACUUCUUAACUGCCGAUCUGACACAAGAGGAUCUUGAUGCCAGAUACCGCGGCGCCAUGCAUGAUGAUGAAGCUCUAGACGGCAUCACCGACGAGAACGUCAAGAACGCAAGGCUUCCUGAUGCAACCAAAGACCCAAAAGUGUGGUGUAUUAAAGUUGCCAAUGGAACUGAGAAGACGCUGGUGAUUCAGCUAAUGAACAAGUUUGUCACGUUGGCCAAAGAAGGCAAACCGAUUCAUAUUACUUGCGCAUACUGGAACGAACAGUCUCUCGGCUACAUCUAUGUCGAGGCGUACAAGGAGGCAUUUGUCAAGGAGGCUCUCAGCGGCCUUCGAGGAGUCUACGCCACAAAGAUGAAGCUUGUUCCCGUGAAGGAGAUGACAGACACCGUCGUCAUCAUCAAGAAGUCUCUCAGCGCUCAGCCUGGUGGUUGGGCGCGUGUCCGACGUGGCAAGUACAAGGGAGACAUCGUGCAAGUGCUGGCUGUCGAACACAACCGGAAUGAGGUGGAAGUCAAACUUGUCCCGAGGGUUGACACCAACGACUACAGCGCCUUCGAUGAUUCAGAGGCGAAGAAACGCAGGUCAAAGUUCAUCCCGCCGCGCAGGCUCUUCAACCCCGACAACUACGGCGAGUCUGAUCUUGACAAGUGGGGAAUCGAGAAUCAUCGAGACCAGAGCUCUGGAGACAACGUUUACACUGUUGACGGCGAUUUUACCUUCACCGGCGGAGGAUUCGUGAAGAAAUGGUUUGCAGUCAAGAGUCUCACUCUCGGGAGUGACAUCCAACCGGAGUUAGACGAUCUCAAAAUCUUUGAACAAGACGCCAAGACUGAGGACGGGCUCCCGAACCGAUCCAUGACACACCUGACGUCUAUCCACAAGCGCAAAGUUAUCUUGAACAAAGGAGAUGUUGUGCGCGUGAAGGAAGGAGAGCUGAGAGAUUUGCUGGGAGACGUCGACUCGAUAGACGGCAAGAGGGUCAUCAUUCGGCCGCGCCACGAGGCGAUCAAGCAGAAAUUGGAGUUCAACAUGGAAGAGCUCGAGAAAUACUUCGAAGCUGGUGACCAUGUCAAGGUUGUCAAUGGCAGACGAGCAGGAGUGACUGGAACUGUUGUUCGAGUGGAGGGAGAGACGAUUUACAUCCUGACCGACGUCAACCGCGAGGAAAUCCUCGUAUUCUCUUCCGAUCUGCAGGACACCAACGAGGUGAGCUCGGGCCUGGAUGUCGUCGGCGCUUUCCGCCUCUAUGAUCUUGUCCUGCUCGAAUCUGCUUCCUCCUCGAUGACGAUGCCUUCUGUCGGGGUAGUCGUUCAGCUGGAGAAGGAUACGCUUCAAGUCCUCGACAACUACGGGAAGAUCCGAGCUGUCCGCCCUGCUGAUGUCCAGCCGCACAAGAAGAGCGCCACAGCUGUUGCUCUUGACGGGGAGCAGCAGACGAUCGCGCAGGGAGACGUCGUGAGGGUCGUGGGAGAUGGCCCGAUGAAGGGCAAGACAGGAACUGUCCGCCACAUCUUCCGCGCCUUCCUGUUCCUGUAUUCGCCUGCAAGGAUGGAGAAUGCAGGAAUGUUUGUGAUGAGGUCGAGGCAGUGUGUGCUGAUGGGUCAGAGUAAGCACAAGGAAAACGAUCCCACCAACACCCUCGGCGGAGCCGCUUCUCUCAUCCCUGGCCGUAUGGGAGACGCGGGGAGAGGAGGCUUCCCUGGAGGCAUGGGAGGAGCCGGUGCGAUGCAGCCAGGAGGCUUCAGGGCAGCUGGGAGAGGACGAGGAGCGUCAUGGGAGGGGAAGCGAGUUCGAAUCAUCCGAGGUUUCGACAAGGGGAAGGUGGGAACUGUCAAGGAGGAGACGGACGCGAUCUGCCGCGUUGAACUUGAUGCGACUCACAAGAAGGUUGCUGUGAAGAAGACGGAUGUUGUCGAUCUCGUCGAUGAGAAGCGUGUUAUCCCCUCCCACAUGGCCAUCCCGCAGACUCCCUCCUCCGAUCACUUCCAGGCCGGAAGUCAGACGCCUGCAUGGACUCCUUCCACUCCUGCUCACGAUGGCAGCCAGACGCCGAACCCUUAUGCGGAGCCAGGGACGCCUUCAACUCCUCGUAACUUCUUCGAUCCCAACACUCCUGGUACCCCCAUGCACGACAGCACGUCAUGGGAUGCCGGGACUCCUGCUACUCCUGGAGCCUACGCCUCACCCUACGAACAUCCCGCUGCUACCCCAGCUACUCCUACGGCAUAUGGUGGUUACAGCAGCAACUACGUUCAGACGCCUGGAGCUCUCAACCCAACCACCCCAGGAGAAGGAGCAAGUCCCUUCACUCCAUCGACUCCCGGAGGCUAUGCGUCCUACGGAUACGGCCAGGGCAACUGGCAGACAGGUCAAACUCCCUUCGACCAGGGUACCCCGCAAACUCCUGCGACUCCUGGAGGAGACUUUCCUGUCAGAGCUGCACCGCAGGUGUCCAACUGGUGCCUCAAGCGCAUUGAAGUCCGGAUCGUGUCCGGAGAGUUCAUCGAUCGCACCGGUGUCGUCGUCGAAGUCAAGGGCCCCGACUGCAAAGUCGAGAUGCAAGGAGGACAGUCAACGAUGGUGCCGGCGGAGGACCUCGAAGCGGUUGUGCCGCAGAAGAACUCUUCCGUCAUUAUCCUACAGGGAGAGCUCAAGGGGAGCACAGGAAAGCUCAUCGGUAUCGAUGGAAGAGAUGGAAUCGUCAAGAUGGAUCUCAACUCCGACAUCAAGAUCAUCGACAUGCCUCUGCUGGCAGUCCAUGUGCCCGAGGCCUAG